GCACGCCGCAGAGGCGCGGCGCGGAGGUCCUCGGGUUUGGAUGCUCGCGUGCGCUCCCCGGAGGGGGGUCCAGCCAGGAGCAGGGGCCGCCGCUUCUCGGCGCAGCCAUGCAGGUCUCCAGCCUCAACGAGGUGAAGAUUUACAGUCUCAGCUGCGGCAAGUCCCUUCCCGAGUGGCUUUCUGACAGGAAGAAGAGAGCACUACAGAAGAAGAAUGUUGAUGUCCGUAGAAGAAUUGAACUUAUUCAAGAUUUUGAAAUGCCUACUGUUUGUACCACUAUUAAAGUGUCAAAAGAUGGACAGUAUAUUUUAGCAACGGGAACAUAUAAACCUCGGGUUCGAUGUUAUGACACCUACCAGUUGUCCCUGAAGUUUGAAAGAUGUUUAGAUUCAGAAGUUGUCACCUUUGAAACUUUGUCUGAUGACUAUUCAAAGAUUGUCUUCUUACAUAAUGAUAGAUACAUUGAAUUUCAUUCACAAUCAGGUUUUUACUAUAAAACCAGAAUACCAAAGUUCGGGAGAGACUUCUCUUACCAUUAUCCAUCCUGUGACUUGUACUUUGUUGGCGCAAGCUCUGAAGUUUAUAGGCUAAACUUAGAACAAGGACGGUACCUGAAUCCUCUACAAACUGAUGCUGCGGAGAAUAAUGUUUGUGACAUAAAUUCGGUGCAUGGCUUAUUUGCCACAGGAACAGUAGAGGGUCGAGUGGAAUGCUGGGACCCAAGAACUCGAAGCAGAGUUGGCCUGUUAGACUGUGCAUUAAGUAGUGUCACAGCAGAUUCAGAGAUAAACAGUUUACCAACAAUCUCUGCUUUGAAAUUUAAUGGUGCCUUGACCAUGGCGGUUGGAACGUCCACGGGGCAGGUUUUAUUAUAUGAUCUUCGAUCUGAUAAGCCAUUGCUAGUUAAGGAUCACCAAUAUGGGCUGCCCAUUAAGUCUGUUCAUUUCCAGGAUUCAUUAGAUUUGAUUUUGUCAGCAGACUCUCGAAUUGUCAAAAUGUGGAAUAAGAACUCAGGAAAAAUAUUUACUUCCUUGGAGCCAGAACAUGACAUUAAUGAUGUCUGCCUCUAUCCCAACUCAGGAAUGCUGCUCACUGCCAAUGAAACCCCCAAGAUGGGCAUCUAUUACAUUCCGGUCUUGGGUCCUGCUCCCAGGUGGUGUUCCUUCUUAGACAACUUGACAGAAGAAUUAGAAGAGAAUCCAGAAAGCACAGUUUAUGAUGAUUACAAAUUUGUCACCAAGAAAGACCUUGAAAAUUUAGGGCUCACACAUCUCAUUGGAUCACCUUUUCUCCGGGCAUACAUGCAUGGAUUUUUCAUGGAUAUAAGACUCUAUCACAAGGUGAAGUUGAUGGUAAAUCCAUUUGCUUAUGAAGAAUAUAGAAAAGAUAAGAUCCGACAGAAGAUAGAAGAAACACGUGCACAGAGAGUCCAAUUAAAGAAAUUGCCAAAAGUUAACAAAGAGCUGGCGCUUAAAUUAAUUGAGGAAGAGGAGGAGAAGCAAAAAUCUACAUGGAAGAAGAAAGUUAAGAGCCUCCCUAAUAUUCUCACCGAUGAUCGAUUUAAAGUUAUGUUUGAGAACCCUGACUUCCAAGUAGAUGAAGAGAGUGAAGAAUUUAGGCUUUUGAAUCCACUUGUUUCAAAAAUUAGUGAAAAAAGGAAGAAGAAACUAAGACUCUUAGAGCAACAGGAACUUCAUGAAAAAGAAGAGGAGGAAGAACCGGAAGGAAAACCAAGUGAUGCCGAAAGUUCUGAGAGUUCAGAUGAUGAAAAGGCCUGGGUUGAAGAGGUCAGGAAACAGCGCAGACUUCUCCAGCAGGAGGAAAAAGUGAAGCGGCAGGAACGACUCAAGGAGGACCAGCAGACGGUCCUCAAGCCCCAGUUUUAUGAGAUCAAAGCAGGAGAAGAAUUCAGAAGCUUCAAAGAUUCUGCCACAAAGCAGAAGCUGAUGAAUAAAACCCUUGAAGAUCGUUUGAAACUGGAAGCAAAAAAUGGGACGUUGAGUGUAUCAGACACCACGGUUGGCAGCAAACAAUUGACAUUCACUUUAAAGAGGUCUGAACAGCAGAAGAAGCAACAGGAGGCAGAGAAACUGCACCGACAAGAGAGGAAAACCCUCCGUCGUUCAGCUGGUCACCUGAAGUCAAGACACGGGAGAGGGCGGCCGUUUCACUGAAUCUGGAAAUGAUCCUACACGUUAUUGGGAAGGAGCACAUCUCCCCCGGAUUGACCAUCAUGAGUACAUUAUACACAGACAGGGGAACACACAUUUUAAAAGUUACGUGUCAACUCUUGAUCGUCUACAGAGGUAAAGAUUUGACAACUUGCGCCCGUACCUUUACCUUCUGGGUCGGACUUUGAAACUGCUCCCCGCACUGGUCAGUGCGGUCGCCCCCAGGGCACUUGUUGUAAGUCGUCGCUCCCUGUAAACCUUGUCCUCUUUCCCCUGGUCCGUAUCAAGUAAACCAGGUUGUUGCUUUUUAAUAUUGUGAAAUGUGUACCAUGAAAUGGGAGGUUAUCCUGCGUUAAAAACCAAGAUUAUCAUGUUCUAGGAACUUUUUUCUUUGCAAUGCCUGCUGCCACUCACAAUGAAACCACCCAGAAAUAUCAGUCCUGCCUUACCUAACAGGCAGGUAUUGAUCGUGUUUGUGUUUAUGAUUGUAUAUUGGUAGGUUUGUUGCUUGCUUAUGUGUUAGUUUGGGAUUUUUUAAAAAAUAUUUUCAUACCAAGAAAAUAUAAUUUAAUGGUAAUAACAACCUAAAGCAAGAAAUGGAACCUACUGGUUAUUCUUUUAACUUGGCACAAGAUUAAAUACAGAUUUUUUCUGCUUCUGAAGUGCAAUUAAAGAAAACAUUUGUAAAAAUAACUACUUUUCCUUUGAACAGCUUCUUCAAGAAAGACGCAUUCCUGGACUUAUUUGAAAAUUAGUCUGGUUCCCUUAGUUUUUCGGGUACCAGUGUGAUUUUGGAAGUGCGUUUCCUUAUGUACAACUGGAAUAGUAUCUCUUUGGACUGUGAGUGAUCAAGCCUAACGUGAAAUGCCGUAGGCAGAAAGGCAGAGUGAGUUAAUUAGCGUGACCAGGCUGUAGGACCGGUCACCAGUACAGGUGCCGCGAGGACUCCCGGGUCCAGGCCCCAGAUUUACUCAGGUCUCUCUCUCUCCUUUCUUUUCUUCCUCCCAUUUCAACACUCUUCCUUCUCUCUCUGGUCUCCCCUUCUCGCUUUUCUUGGCGUCUUUCCCUUGCCCCGUCAUAUGUCUGCUGCUUCUGCAUGGACUGGCUCACUCCCCCAGGCGGAGAACAGUGGGUCAUGGGUCCACUCCUGUGGUCUGAGAGGUGGAGUCUUUUCCAGAAUAAACGUGUCUGUGUGUGUGUCUGCAUGCGUGUGGACAGACAGAGUUGCCAGAGGGACUCUUGUUACCUAGGCACCCAACCCACCUUGUGUUGUGGCUCCAGAGGGUCCUGCACCUGUUUCAGUGCCUGGUGCCAGCUGCUUUCCUUUUGCAGCUUCUUAUCCCCUGAACUCCUGUUCGUGGACCUUCUCUUCCCAAAGGAAGGGGCUUCAGCUUUCCUGUGGCUUUCUUUUCUCCAUUUCCCACCUUGUUUCCUUAGAAGAAGUUAGAGAAGGACAAUGCCGGCGGGAGUUUUCUCCCGGGGUUGAGUGGUUGUGCUGCAGACCUGUUUGCUGGGGUCUGGCCUCUGUUCCUUCCUUUUUCAGGGCACCCCCCUGUGGUGUGGGAGCCAGUGUGUCAUGUGUUAAAUCCCAGAAGCAGUGCUGCCAGGUUGCAGCAGAGAGAAUGUGUUUGCUCUGGGAAACGGGCUCUCUGAGACUGGGCAUCCUAGCAUCGCCAGGUGGAGGAGGAUGGAGGAUCUGUCCUGGACCUGGGGACGCUGGCGGCAGAGCCAGCCUGACCCAGGCUCAAUCCCAGCCCUGUUGCCUGCCGGCUCUGUGUCCUUUCACUGUUUACUUAACCUCUUUGAGUCUCAUUUUCUCAUUUAAAAUGAGCCUGAUACCUUGUUUUUGUGAGAACUGAAUAAAGUACUUGCAUGAGGUGACCAUCUG